CAUAAACCCAUGUAGUAUUUGACUGUACACGUAUAUGUAUAUGCGCGUGUUUAUUUCUUUUGCUUCCAUUUUUUUCCUCCGCUGCAACUAAAUGUAGGGAUGGGAAUGCAAACUGUGACGUGGUUUUAUUUUCCACCCAGUGUGGAACUUAUUCUAUUUUUUUUCAAUAGACUGUUCAAAAACCGUAAUUGUGUCAUAUGUACUGUGGACAAUGUUAGAUGAUGAUUUAGCCUGUAUAUUAAAACUAAUGUUCAACCAUAUUACUUCUCAUGAAUGUUUCAUUCCUUUAUUUCAAUCUUUACAAUUUACUAAUUUUUUUGAUAAGUAAAUGAUAUUAUUGAAAAGAAUAGGCAAAACUCAAGUACACAAGAUGUUAUACAAGAGACAAAGACCUAUAUAAGUCGCAGAAGUGAGAACAAGAAAAUCAUGUAAAUUAAGGCCAUUGCAAUUUACUAAUUAGCCAUCCACUCAGUGCUCUCUUUUCUCGAACAUAUCUCUGCCCCUUGGAUCUUUACAGAACGUAUCAACCGUAGUUAUAGAUACUUUCAUCAUUGGUUAACUCAUUUUGUUAGUUUGAAGUAUCAUACUGCUUCUGAAUAUGAUGGUGUGAAUAUGAUGGUGUUAGCAUCAUCGUAUAAGAUCUCGGAGUAGUUUACAGGUCAUUGGUUAGUCAGUUUUCUGAUUGCUUAUUUUGAUGCUUAAUAUCAACUUUAUAUACUCACAGAAAUUCUUAAGCGGGACCCAAGCUCUAGCCCAAAUAUCUCAAGGGAUGACCCUGUGAAAGUCUCUGAACAUUGAUCAAGAAGGAAGGAUGAUGGGAGGGAAUUAGAAAGGAAUUCUAGGAGAAGCUACAGUAGAAGUGGCGAAUCUUAUAGACACUCUGAUAGACAGUCCUCUAGUCCCAUGGAUACUCUAGGCAUGAUAACUACGUACAUGUCAAGCAUGCGAACGAAGAGGAGAGAAACUAUAAAAGGUUAUCCUCCGGUUCUGGUCGAGAGGCAAAGGGUGUCAGUAAUUCUGAGCACACAGUAAAAGAAAGCGAGCAGAGUAGGUUGAGAGAUUAUUUGAGAAAGUUGGACAAAUAUUCCCGAGAUAAAUAUGAUGGGCAUAGGAGCAAUGACAAGGAUAGAGAAGCCUCAUCCCUAGAACACCAGAAAUAUAGAGAGGAUUCAUCACCUGAUAGAGCUGGAUCUGGUUGGAGACAUGCUCCUUCUGAAGGGUUUGAGAGGGGUAGGUAUAUGAGGGGGAGUGAUGGUCGAGAUGAGAAGCGGGAUUAUCAUAGAAGUUCAGGAGAUUACAGAGGUGACAGACAUUCCUAUGAAGAGACCUGGGUGCAUUGAAAUGGCUCGACUUCAGGAGGGAAUAGUGGUAACCAUCAUCUGAGAGAUGCUUAUAAGAGUGACUCAAAUGGAUUUGGUUGGUCAGAGGCUUUCUAAAGAAGAAAAGAAGAAAAAUGUUGACCGAGAAACUAAGAGAUAUAAGGGUCAGUGCAUUAGUGAAUCAACAAAGCUUGUUGAAGAUAAGUUUGCUUCUGUGACUGAAAAGCAAGAAUUUCCAGCAAAAAAACCGAAGCUGCAUAGUCUAGACGAGGACGUGGAAUACGGGAAAGAUGUCAAUCCAGUUUCAAAGUUUUUGUCUGUAGCUGAGGAUGCUGCAGUGACUCCUGGACAGGGCCAGGCCAGUGACUCCAAUACUGCUAAUGAUCUAAAUGCUGCAAAAGUUGCUGCAAUGAAAGCUGCUGUAUUAGCCUCUGUAAGCAGAAUAUUGUUUAUCUGAGAAGGAUAUCAAAGGAAGAGAGAGAGAGAGAGAGAGAGAGAGAGAACCAAAUGGAGCUUUUGGCAAUUAGACAAUUUUUUAAAUGGUGUAUUGAAUUGUAGCCGUAUAGUUUUUUUUUUUUUUUUUUUUUUUUUAAUGUAUUGGCAUGCUUGCCAAUGUGAUGCAAAGAGGAUGUCACUAUAAAGUGGAAGAUGCUUCUAGAGAUCUGCUAAAAUAUCAUGUUUAGAAUAUAGCUUAGUUAGCAUCUAGGACAAUUACUAGUUAAACUAGGCGAGUCGUAAAGGCUGCCUUAGCUAUAAUAUGUUCUCUGAAUGAACGUAAUUGCUUUGGUCAGUUCUGAGUCUAACUGGUUGCAUUCUUUCUUGUGAUUGUUGGACUUCUAUAACAACUACCCUGUUCAAUCUACUACCAGUUAAUUGGCAGUUAGACAUGAUUUCAUCUCAAUUCUGGAUUGGAAUAAGCUGAGCGUUCUGCAUACUCAUUUGGGAGCUUUCUAGCAUGUGACAGUGAAUAGGAACUGGUUGGAGUUGGAAGUUGCAUGAUUACUGACCAAAAGAAGAAGCUGCUGUGGGGAAACAAAAAGAAUACAACUGCUGAAGAGUCUGGGCACCAUUGAGAUACAGCACUAUUUUCUGAUCGUGAAAGACAA